UUCACUUUGUUAUAAAGCAGAAACUAACACACCACUGUAAAGCAAUUAUACCCCAAUAAAGAUGUUAAAAAAAAAUGAGUGGCUGAUGCAAGUGGACGCCAGAAUGAAGCAGGCAGAACGCCGGAUCCUCCUGCUGAUUGACAACUGCUCCGCUCACAACGUGCUUCCACGCUUGGAAAGGAUUCAGGUGGGGUAUCUGCCCUCAAAGUGUACUGCCGUCUUGCAGCCACUGAAUCUUGGCAUAAUUCAUACCACAAAAGUGCUGUAUAGGAGCCACCUGCUAAAACAGAUCCUCCUCAAGCUCAACAGCAGCGAAGAUCAAGAAAAAGUGGACAUCAAGCAGGCCAUUGACAUGAUUGCUGUGGCAUGGUGGUCAGUCAAGCAGUCCACAGUGGUGAAAUGCUGGCAGAAGGCAGGCAUCAUCCCUGUGGAAUUGACAGAUUCUGAAGUAGAUGCAGCAGCCAGUGAACCAGAUAUUGCCAUUGAAAAGUUGCGGCACUCAGUGACGAUUGCCACCUGUGUCCCAAAUGAAGUAAAUUUCUGGGACUUUGUCACUGCAGAUGAUGGUCUCAUCAUGUCUCAGGAGCUGCUGGACACGGUCAUCCAGGACAUGGUGGCCGGUGAAAGUACUGAUGAAGCUGGAAGUGAAGAUGAGGGGGAGGCACCUCUACCACAGCAGCCAAAAGUCACCACCACAGGGCUUCCCUGGUGGCGCAGUGGUUGAGAGUCCGCCUGCCGAUGCAGGGGACGCGGGUUCGUGCCCCGGUCCAGGAAGAUCCCACAU